GAUUAGGCAUGUGACCUUUGUCCAGCGCUAGUAUAAAUAGCCAGGGUGAAGUCUGAAUUGGCACAGUUCCACUGAAACUCUCAUCAUGCAUCCUCUACGACUCGGUGUUCUGGUGGCCACUCAGGGCAGAGUCUUAGAUCAGGACACGGCUCCGGAAGUUGCCGUUUCACCUCAAGAAACCAAGCCCGCGGAGGUCAAGCAGGAAGUUGCCAACGAAGUACUGGAAACCCAACCGCAGCUGGGUGGCUCGAUCACCUCCCAAGAUCUUCCGGAAAACUCACCUGCUGUGCCUAGCGAAAGCGUUGCAGUCAAGGAGGUUCCAGCUGAGGUGGCGAACGCCUCAAAUCCAGGAGUUCAGGAAAGCCAACCCGAAGGGGUUUCAUUUGUAGCCACCCAUUCCGUUGAGGUUGCACCAGAAGUUACUAAAGAAAGCCAGGAAGCAAAUGCCAGUGUGAGUAAGGUUGUUAGUCCAGUGGAAAAGCAGCUCACUUCCAAUGAGAUAUCCAAGGAUCAGGAGCCUGGCAAAGAAGAAGUAAUAACCCAAAACCAUCCCGAAGUCCAAGGUCGCGACAAUAGUAUCCAGCUGGUGUACGAGCAACCUGGUCAAAACCAAAACCAAAACCAGAUUCCACAGAUAAGCAUUCAAGACCUGGAGAAGAUCUUCAAGUACCAGGGAGUGCAAGUGGGCAAUGGAUCUCAAUCUUUGAACCAGUAUCCGGGCUACUACAACAAGUACCAAUCCUACCCGAAUGGGGCACUCGCUUCAGGGGUAAACACCUCGGAUGCCAAUGCGACCCAGCACAUUCACACGCACUACUAUCCCAACCAGAAGAAGCCGGGAUUACCCUUGCCCUUCCUGGCCAAUCCCUUCCAGAAACAGGAACCCGUUUAUGUUAACCUAAAUCAGACUGCGAACUCCACGAGCAACGUGACUUACCACACCCACAUCCACGAGGAGACCAAGCCGUUUCCCUUCCUGCCCAAUCCCUUCACGGACUUCCCCAAGGUUGUGGGCCUCAGCUUGGUGCUUCUCCCUAAUCCAUUUUAUGUGAACAAGAACCAGAACCAGAACCUGAACCACUCUCAAGUCGCAGGCCUGCCUGCUGGAUACCAGGAGAACGGGGGGUACCCGUACUUUGGAAAGCUCCGCUCCUUUUCCGAGGAGCCCCAGAAGCAGCAGCAACAGAAGCAGCAAUCGCAGCAGCAGCAACCGCAGCAGCAGCAGACUCAGAAGCCCAACUUCUACCUGAUCCCCAAUCCUCUGGCCAGUCAGGCAUCCGGUGAUGGCCAAAAGGCAGAUGCCAGUGUCCUGUUUCCCAUAAAUCUGGCUGCCCUCCCACUUCUGGUUCCGGCUUCGGAGCUGUUCGGCGGAAAUAAUCCUCCCUCGGCAAGCAUCAGUUUCCAGGAUCUGAUUAAGGCCACCAAUGUCCACGUGAGCCAGCCCAUCAAGCUGCAGGCCAACAAUGGCCUCACUCAAGUUCAGAAGGAGCAGGCUGCCGUCCAGCAGCUGCUCCUCAACCAUCUCAAGCAUCUCAACCAGCAACAAUUGCCUUUCCAGGAGCAACCCGUCGCGGGCGGAAAGCGCUCCCAAUCCGCACAGCCCGUGGUCCAACUCCAGGAGGAGGAGGAGAGCUCCGUUCUGUUUGCCGUGGAGAUCCCCAAACCCAUCUAUCGCUUCUUCAAGGGCAUCUUUGGAGGCUUCUCCAACUGAGAGCGCACUAGGUGAUCACUACCGACAGAACAGCAAGGAACCAAGGAGGAAACUGAGGCAAAUCCAUGUAGUUAUUCAUUAGAAACACAAAUAAAGUUAAGUGCAAACCCCCA